CCCUCCUCUGUCAGAUGGGCAGAGGAUGCGAAAUCCUCUGCUAAGACAGGAACGUUCUCAAACAUUCUCCAGUUGUUUCCGCAGGCAGGUGAUGCAUCAGCUCCAUAAUUAACGGCACCGGUUAGAAAGUAGGCGAUCAGCUAGGACCAUCUCGGAUUUUUUCCUGAAACUUGGCUUUUGAGCAGAGGGGCACAAACCGGGAAAAGUAGAAUGGGGGCUGGAGCGAGCGCCGAGGAGAAACACUCCAGAGGGCUGGAGAAGAAGCUGAAGGAGGAUGCCGACAGGGAUGCAAGAACUGUUAAGCUGCUGCUGCUAGGUGCUGGAGAAUCUGGCAAAAGCACUAUCGUCAAACAGAUGAAAAUUAUCCACCAAGAUGGCUACUCACUUGAAGAAUCCAUGGAGUUCAUUGUCAUCAUCUACAGCAACACCCUGCAGUCCAUCAUGGCCAUUGUGAAGGCCAUGAGCACAUUAAAUAUGAACUAUGGCCACCCUGAUCAGCAGGAUGAUGCCAGGAAACUCAUGCAUCUUGCAGACACCAUUGAGGAAGGAACCAUGCCUAAAGAGAUGGCAGACAUAAUUUUGCGCCUAUGGAAGGACUCUGGCAUUCAGGCGUGCUUUGAAAGGGCCUCAGAGUACCAACUCAAUGACUCAGCUGGAUACUACCUGAGUGACUUGGAGCGUCUGAUCCAACCAGGCUACGUGCCCACUGAGCAGGAUGUGCUGCGAUCAAGAGUGAAGACCACUGGUAUCAUCGAGACCACAUUUGGCUUGAAAGAUCUCAAUUUCAGGUUAGUCAGUGCAGUAUUUCUAAAGAGGAUGGCACCAAUAAGUGCUCCCACUUUGCUGGAUUGCAAUCAUAAAGAUAACAUUCUUCUGUUUCCAUGCAGAAUGUUUGAUGUGGGUGGCCAGAGGUCAGAGAGGAAGAAGUGGAUUCAUUGUUUUGAAGGUGUGACCUGUAUCAUCUUCAUUGCUGCUUUGAGCGCCUACGACAUGGUGCUGGUGGAGGAUGAUGAAGUGAAUCGAAUGCACGAGAGUCUGCACUUGUUCAACAGUAUCUGCAACCACCGCUACUUCGCCACCACCUCCAUUGUACUCUUCCUCAACAAGAAAGAUGUGUUCACUGAGAAGAUCAAGAAAGCUCAUCUCAGCAUGUGCUUCCCUGAAUACGAUGGCCCCAAUACAUAUGAGGAUGCUGGUAACUACAUCAAAUUACAGUUCUUAGACCUGAACCUGCGCCGAGACAUCAAAGAAAUCUACUCUCACAUGACCUGUGCCACAGACACAGAGAAUGUCAAGUUUGUGUUUGACGCUGUAACCGACAUCAUAAUCAAAGAAAACCUGAAAGACUGUGGUCUCUUCUAAAAGUCAUGCUGAGAAACCCAAUGAAGGGUGAUGUUGUAGCCCUGUCACAUUCCACAAAUCCUCUCAAUUCAAACUGAGGACUGAAGACGAAAACUAAACCCCUCCCCAUCCUCAAAACUGGCGAACGCAAAAAAUUCAAAUCAAUUUGUUGUGUUCCAAUGAAGUUGUAGCUUUAACAAGACUUUUGAUCAAGUCCAGAAGACAGUUCUUCAGUCAGAAAAUCCUGUGCAGAUUUCAGAUGAGUUGAAUUUUAGUCUAGCUACCUUUUCUCUUGAGUCUUUUGAAAUCAUCUAUUGGAGAGCUAUGCUAUCUGUAGUUAAGACAUCAAAAGCUUCUGUCAGCAUUACGUGUUUUCUUCUCACAUCCACUAAUGUGAAUAGAUGUCAGGCUAAUGCAUCUUUUCUCCAGUAACUGGUCAGUAGCCUAUACAGCCAGAAAGCAAACAAGAGGGCCUCACCACCUGCAGACACAAUUCAACAGGAACUUGUCACUAGAAAUGGCUUUUAUGUACAGGUCUACAGCUCACUUUGAGACCAAAUUUAAACAGAUGAGAUACUUAUUUUUUAAGUGUUAGAACAUGUAACUUUUUGAAAUAGUUAUAGUUAGAAGGACCAGUUUAAUUAAGUCUACAAUUAAACAUUUUUCUAUUCGACAGUUCAUGAAGGGUGGCGAUACCAUAUGGAUCUGUAACAGUUAACUGGUAGAUGUAAUAUACUUCAAUUUAAAAAGUACUUGUCUAAAGGUUAACAAUCUACAGGCCUGUGAGCCAACUAUCACUGUACAGAAACCAAUAAUUGCAAACCUUGACUAAACCUAUUAAAGCUUAUAGAAAACAGAGUACUUUCCCACUUUCACAAAUAAAAACUAACACAGCAA